GAGUCCCGAAUGAAGGCCGGACUCCACCACGCCGGCAUGUCCGUUGAGGUCUACACGUGCAGCAACGUUGAGGGCGUGCGCCCCGCGGACCUGGUCAUUUUGGGCAGGAAGCCCCAGAUGCACGCUGGGAUAUUGGGCGAGGAGGGCAUCUGUGAUGCAUUGGAGGGUAAGCUGCUCAUUGUAUUCUUGCUGGGGUUGAUAUUGCUGCUCUCAAUUGAAGAGGUGGUGCCGGGUAGUGCUAGGGUGGUUAAGGCUAUGUCAAAUGCGGCUUCAAAGGUACUAUUGUCACUUAUUACACUUUGGGGGGGUGCUUGUUUUUUUUUUUUCUAGGAGGUCCAGGGUAUUGAUCUGGAUAGAUCCGCGAAAUCAUGACCAUCAUUCCGGCGGCGGACGGUAUUCCCCCGGAGGAGAAGCCUCUGGUUUCCUGGAUAUUCUCCUAGAUUGGCCCGUCGAUGGUGCUCGGUUAGGACCAUGUGGAUGUUUGCAUCGCUAAGCGUGUGGAUCUAGUCCUAGUUUCUAUGCUCCUAUCAUCUGGGCCGUGGCUGAUCGGGGGUCAUGAAGCGUUUCAGAGGGCGGAGGGGCAGAUGAUGGCUGCUGAGGGUCAGAUAUUGCGGUUUUGUUUCCCCGUUUGUUCGCUUGUCAUAUGUUGAUGUGGCUGGGCGUGUGGGGGUUUAUUGUAGCCACGCGAGGUACCGGUAGAAUGGUUUUGGCUGACCAGCAUCCGGCAAUCAUUAGAGAGCAAGUUCCCACUCCAUCUGGCUGUACUCCCUAUGGCUUACUCAUGUUGGAAGACGGAAAGGUCUGCUCGACCAUUGUGAGGACGAUCCACGAGGGUACAGAUAUGGCUGUAGGACUCGGUAAUAAG